UCUUGAGCGUAAAACAUCCCUGAUAUUUGAGGCGCUCCAGGGAUUUAACGAGCAUGCCCAGUGCGCCUCUCAGCAACAGAGGAAACCACUGGUGCAGCAUAGGAGUCAUACCAAGCAUAGCCUGCGUGUCAGUGCAGUCGACUUACAGCUGGCUGUGAGGAGAACUGGCGCUACUCUUUUUUUUUUGCUCUUUAUUACCGCGAUACGUUUACCCAUAAUACACAAAAGUAUCUAAAAUAUCAGUGUCAAUCCUCUCAGUCGGGUUUUAUUUUAUUAAAAGGUGGUUUGUAGAAAAGUUGGAGGCUGGGCCUUUAGCUUUUUGACCGUCGCUUCAGAGGAGAAGAAGAGAAAAAAAAAAGCUGGUCUUUUUUUUUUUUUUUUUUUUUUUUGGUUGUUGUAAAAACUCGAUAAAUGCUACUAACGAAAAUGGACCUGUUGAACUACCAGUACCUGGACAAAAUGAACAACAACAUUGGCAUUCUGUGCUACGAAGGUGAAGCAGCUUUGAGGGGCGACCCCAGACUCCAGUCCUUGUCUCUGUCCUCGUCUUCUUCCUCCUCAUCCUCCUCUUCGUCGUCGUCGUCCUCAUCUUCCUCCUCCAUCUCCAACCACAGGACAGGACCUCCUCCCAUCAGCCCCACCAAGAGGAAGCUGAGCGGAGACCAGGGGGACAGCGACAUGGACGACAACGAGCAUGUGGCCAAGAUCAGCCGGCUGUUUGCUACACAGCUGAAACCCAGUGGAGACUAUCGCAGCUCUCCCCUCUCCAAGGACCGGAGCCGGAGCCCCAUUGAACGUGUGGUGGUGCCGAGCGCUCUGGGAGUCCACGGCAACCACCUGUACAGCCACACCCACCACCACCACCACCACCACCUGGCUAGCUUAGCCAGCAUGGACCAGCCACUGGCACUCACCAAAAACAGCAUGGUGGAGUCUGCACGUGGCAGCACAGCAGCUAUGGCCUCAGUGCCGCACACAGUCAGCUCCGUGGAGCGCCAGCAGAAUCGUCCUUCAGUGAUCACAUGCGCUCCAGCCAACAACCGCAACUGCAACCUGUCUCACUGUCCCGUCUCCCACAACGGCUGUGCAAGCCUUGCUAACAACUACAGAAGAAUCAACACCAACACAGCCUGCGACCCGGUGAUUGAGGAGCACUUCCGCCGCAGUCUCGGGAAGAACUACAAGGAGCCCGAGCCCACCGCCACCAACUCGGUGUCCAUCACAGGCUCGGUGGACGACCACUUCGCCAAGGCGCUGGGCGAGACCUGGCUGCAGAUUAAAAACAAGGGGAGUCCCUCGUCGUCCGGCAGCAGCCCAAACUCCUCCCCCGACAGUCACAUGGUCAAUCACAACCACUCCCCUUCUGUGGUCUCCUGAAGAAAGAGGUGUUUAAGAGGGAUUUGCCCCCGUUUCCCCAGCCCCCCCCCAAUCACCCCGGCUCAAACAGCCACGCCCUCGUCACUUUGGUCUGUCACCAGCAUCCCAGAGGGAACGCCUGCCUGCUGGUCUGCUAAAACCAUCUAAAACCCUCAAGCUUGCUCUCUCUCUAUGCACUCAUAGAGGAUCAAUCAAGCAAUAACAACAUGUUUCGUUUUGUGUUUCCCUUCUGUCCUCUGGUAUGGUUAUGCCAGACAGUAAUCAGUAACCAGUGAUAAGGGUUUGACUUUGGGACUCGACUGGAGCAUCAAGCUGCUCCUUCCAAUCAUUCACCAUCCCUGCAUGUCAAGCUUGGAGCUGAGCAAAGUGUCUGUAGUUAUAUGUACAUAACGAGAGAGAGGAGAGGUGUUGUUUUAAUUAUUAAUUUUUCUUCUUUUGUUUUCUUUUUGUUUGUUUCUUUAACAGUAGUUUUGUGUACUGCUUUUGCGUUAUGAGAUGCCCGACAUUUGAAAGAAGAGAUAAGUGAGAAACACUUUGGAGAAAAUGAUCACAAACCACCUGACUGUGUUACCAAAGAAACCUCAGACACUGAUGUUCAUCAACGCCCACCUUGAAAACAAAACAACAAAAAGCCAUCUUUGUAAUCUCCCUCCAUUUAUCUUGUACCGUUCUUCACCUUCCUUCUGUCUCCCUCUCGCUCAUGUGUACGUGUUCUGGUGGUUUUGUUAAUGAACGUGUGUAUUUGGGUGAUCGACUUGGUCGGAUUUGCACUACUGCCGUAGAGGGUAAAGGGUGGCAUGUCAAUAUUGUAAUCUGGCACUGCACACACUGGGACUGAUAAAGCUGAUUUUUGUUUGUUUUUUUUGGAACCUCUAUUUGAUGCCAUUAACUGUUAUUCAAAAUCAUUCUGGCUAAAAUCCAUCGUGGCCUUGACAGAAGAGUCCUUAGCCACAUUUUCAUAUUUCUUUUGAAUGCAUUUUGGAAAAAUGGAAAAUGCCAAUAGGGCUGGGCAAAAUGUUAAGAGAUUUGGAUACAAGUUGUCUAAUAUAAAGUGUUUUUUUAAAUUUUGGUUAGUGCAGCUGUUGAUACAAACACACACAUGCCUGCAUGGUAAGAUUGCCACCCAUGGCAACCACUGUCGGGUCUGAACUACUUAACAAGCCCAAAGGGAAAGUUUACAACCCCACUUUUUGGGGGAUUUAUGAGGUAGUUAUCCAUAGUCAUAUUACCUACAGUAGACGAUGGCUGGUUUUGAGAAGCAGGCAGGAGUACUGACAAGAAAAGGAACAUUUUAAGUAAAAUAUUCCUUUAAAAAAAAGCAUGCCGACUGUGAUCUACUGCAGGUAUUACACUGGUGGUUGAUAAGUACCUCAUACAAUCCCACUUCAAAAAAUCUAAACUAUCCCUUUAAAUAGUGCCAAAUUGUUGCAUUUAAUGUUACAAGCACAGUCGGGUUAUCAAAUCAGCUGAGAGGAGAUCGGGGCUGGAAACACAGCUGUAGGAGCUGCAGUGUGGUGCCCAACAAUGUGCUUUGAUGUGUUUCACAGGCUUAACUGCUGACAGCGAUGGGGGGGGGGGGGGGAUAGAUGACGCUGCAUGUCACUUUGUGGUUGAAAAAAAAAAAAGUCUGGUUUCUCGACCGGGGGAGAGAAGAUUAUUCAGAUCUCUUCAAACACGCCUGUGUUUUUGUAUCUCUUUGAACAUGGGUGUUGUAAUUAUAUUUGGCUUACACCCUGCUGCCCCUCCCUCUCCUACACACUGUGGUUUGGUAGAUUUCUACAAGGUUUGAAGGGUAAACUAAUGCUUUUACAAAUGCAUGUUUUUGUUGUUUUGUUUUUAAUAGCUGGUAUCUAUUAAUGUUUUUUUUUAGCAGCAUUUCAAUCUUAACUACUAUUAGCCUUUUCAUUCGGACGUUAGUUGUUACUUUUUUCGUUGUCAGUAACAGACAUAGACACUAUACACUCACUGCUGGGUCAGUCGUACUCCAUAUUAUUAUUGUUAUUGUUAUUAUUACAAUUUUGUAUUUUUUGUUUUCCAUUAAUAUCAGUAUGGUAACAAACAUCUAUAGCGGGACAGCCUCCGGACAGGCUCUGUUUAACAAUGAGAGCUGUGUUUCUCCUAACCACCUCAGCACAGAAAUGGAUUAGCUGGUUCCUGCAGCAGAGCAGUGAUCGUUCCAGUGUUGAGGUUGCUUCGGGAUACGCAGCCUGUAAAGGGUUUCUUAAGAUAUUGAUCCAUCGGUGGUACAGGAUGCUUCAACCUUCAGCAUGACUGAGCUGAGACACCAAAUUGGCACAAAUAGUCAGAAGUACCUUGUUUUCCUGAAUAGCAUUUAUAGCCUGACAUAAAAGAGUCUGUAUUCUUCUGAUGCUUUUGGGAAGCAAGGUAUUAUUUAUGGUAAGAGCUAGUCACGAAGGCUCUUCAACAUCUUGUUGGCCUAUAAGAGCCAUGGAAAACUGAGAGAGAUUUUGACAAACAAAUCACAUAAUGUUGGUGAUGUCACUGCUUAUUCAGCCUUCAUCAGGUGACUUUUUGUGUCCUUCUUUGGUGUCCAGCCUUAUUUGUUUUUAUACUUCAGUGCUUUCUUUUUUUGAACACCAUUGUAUCGUUGCUGAAGUUAAGCCAGACAGCUGCAGUCUGAGAAGAUGAAUUUUACUCUGUUAAAGAGCCUGCGCCAAGGUGGCAUACAUUCCUCCUAUAGGGAACUUUGUACAGGCCUCAUAUACACUCAGUAUCUCCAUAUCAACAGACAGAGCUCAUAACCAGCCAGGGACAACUGUCCCUGAGUUCCCUGUCAACAGGGCUGUUCUGUGUGUCUUUACUGGAUUUACAAGGUGUCCAAGUUAGCUUAUUUUGUCUUUGCAUCAAGCAAAUUUGACAUAUAUUCAUACCAUAUGCGAAAGGAACAAACUAGCAUUCAUGCCAUGAACACACAAAACAUAUUUGAACAUUCGGAGCAUAGAAUUUAGAGAACUGCCAGUGAUUAAGUCAUGCUUGGGCAAAAGAACAGAAUAAUUUCAUGUGUCUGAGCAGAGUUUAAAGGGUGACGAGGUUCAUAUUUGUGUGUGAUUGAUCAUAAAAAAAGAAUAAGAGGAGAACGGGCAUUGCCAUUCUGAUCAAUGUAGCAGGAUGGUCAGAGCGGUGGCCAUUUUUAUUUGUACCAUUGCCACUGGUGACCGCUGUAGUGACUAACCGACUUACUGUAAGUCACAGAUUCACUUAGGUGACAUUUUGUAAUUAUGACCAAUCAAGCAGUGAAGUGGUACUAAGCAGAGCGGGCCACUAAAUUAGUCAAAUUUAACAACUAAAUGCUUCAUCCACCCAUUGCAAAGCAAAUUGGCUAUUGCUACAGGAACUCAGUUCCGCUCAUUUUUAACAGUACAGUGUGACAGAAUGGCAGAUUAAACAAGCUAGCUAGUUAGCAACAAUGCUAAAUUAGUUACUGGUCACCCUUUUGUUACGUACCAGCCGAACCGACCAUGGCAAACCGCGCAAUGUCCGUUCUACUCCUAUUUCUUUGUGAUGGAAGCACUCAUUGUAUUUGAUCAAAAUGCCCUGAACCACAGUUCUCUAAAUGGAACGCUUUCUCAGUGUUCUAGAAUGUCCACACAUUCCAUCUUCAACUGAACAGAACCAGAUCCGAUGGUGAAAGUUCUAGAAUCUUCUGAUAAUGCAGUAUCUUCUAUCAGAACGAAGCUGCCAGAUCCCCAAAACAGAUAAGACCCCUCAUGUGCUUUGUGUGACCGGUUCAGAGCGGUUUGGAUGGUGAGUUUUAAGCAGGCAGGUUUUGUGGGGAGCAGAGCUUCAGGAGCUGAGCUUCUGUAAGCACGAGCUGCGAGUCAGGAGACGUUCAGCUGCCACUGAAAGUCUUCGGAAAGUCUCACAGCGAUGCCUCCCCCUCCUCUCACAUUCAGUUGACCCUGAUUUAAGAAUAGAUUUAUUGAGCGUCAUGCUAGAAAACACGAGGGAAAAGGGCUCAGUGUCCAGAGGAUUGAGUUUUUCUGUUAUUAUUCUUUCUCAUUAUCAUUUCACUACCACCCUGUAGGUAGGAGGCUCUCUUUCUGCUUCGGCACACACUCCCUACACACUGUAGGAAAAUCACUUAAUAAAAAAAAAAUACUUUUUUAUAAUAGGUAACUAUAAGACCAUCAUUACGCUGUGCGUAACGAAUGUACAGAGAAAAAAAUCGUAGGUAUUUUUUGAGGAACAAUUAAUUUGUUAAUGAUAUGUAGCUAUUUAAUUGUUGUUUUUCCCUGUCCUUAUAUUGUAAUCAUUGCAUUUUCUUUUUGUGAAAAAAGUUGAUCUUUUUUGUUUAUAGAGUUUGUCUUGUUAGAGUAAAGGUUCAAGUGCAGGAACACAGUAAACGUAUGAAACCACAGUAAGGCCACUGGUGUGUCGGUGACAAUCGCUACUUCCAUUGGUCCCCGAUGUUCUGCAGUCAUUCAGCUUGUGUUCGAUCAUGUGACGUCUGAGACUUCUGAACAAAAGAGCUUCUUUUAGAGGCCUCUUGAGCAAGUUGCAAGUUUUGCAGUGAUGGAACAUAAUAAUUUUGCCACUAGCCCAGUGAGUCCUGCCGGCCAAAAUCAAUCCCAUUUAACUUUUAAAAAGAAAAAGAAAAUCAGCAUUAGUCAUGUGCUAGCAGGCGUGCAAAAUUUCCACAGGGAAUAUAAAUUCUUGGUUUGGAAGGUCUUUUGAUGAUCUACAGAUGGGAACUGAGCUACAAGUAAAACCACCAGUCCUUUGAGAACACUUCUCUGGUCACUGAAAUCAGAACACUAAAGCUGAACUGAUAAAAACCUGACAGCAAUUUCUGUGCCCAAGUUCAUCUGCUUCAUCUCUGCCAUCAGUCAGUGAGGCUGAGUUGUGAGCAGCAAACGGGCUUUGGGUCAUCACUCUUGUAUCUGAUGUCACCGUUCCCAUCCGUUAAGGCCAUUUAGCAUCUUUAAUCAAGUAAACAACAUGAAAAUUGUGCAGAUAAAUCAAAGAGGAGUUGGUCUUUACUCUGACUGUACCACAUUUUCCAGGUCCUUUUUGAAGUGGAAGUAGCAUGUACUUAGUGGUAGUAAUACUCUGAACUGUAAAGAAAAAAAAAAAAAAAAUGUAUCCAGAAUACAGUCAAUUUGUGGCUCUGUGUCUCCUACUAAAAAGGUUUUGGCAGGCCACCUUUUUGUACGUAAAGUAGCCUUGAUGAACAAUAAAGUGCUUUUAAACCAC